UAACAACUUUUAUCUGUCUUGAUAUUUUUUUCAGGUUGUUUUGCCUGUACAAUGAAUAAGAAGGAUAAGCUAUGGUUUGCUUCAGCUGGAAGUAUGGCGCAGGUGCCAUGGCCGGGGGCAAUGGUCUAUUACUUCCCUAAGGGGCACGCCGAGCAUGUAGGGGUUGAGUUUCAUCUAGCUGACAGUCGUGCUCAAAUGAUUAGUUGUCAAGUUUCAGUGCUUACUUUGUUUGCAAAUCCAGACACAAAUGAGCCGGUUGCAAAAAUUGGACUCGUUCCCAUGGAUCCUUCACUAGAUCAGGGAUAUGCAAAGAUUCAUCGAGAUGAUAUAGUUGACUACCCAUUGUCUUAUAAAACUUUAACGAGUUCUGAUGCAAAUGGUCCCUUGGCUGUUUUGAAACACUGUGUUAACACAAUUUUUCCGCCGAUGGAUUCAGAAUCUGAAGAGCAGACAAUCCUUGUGAAUGACAUAUCCGGUACAAGUUGGGAGUUCAGACAUACUUUUAAGCGAGCACAAAGUCAAGAUCACCUAAGGGGGGAUUGGAGAAGAUUUGCAAACAAUAACCAACUCAAACGUGGUGAUUCUAUUGUGUUUAUGAAGGCUGAAGCUGAUGAAGUCCUAGUAGGGAUUGCAAAAGAACUGAGCAGGAUCGAGAGGGCUACAUCAGUUAGCCACGAAGUUUCAAUGGCAUAUAGUAGGGCUCCACGAGGUUCUCUAUUACCCACGAGCGGCGGGUCCCCAGUUUUGCGUGGGAAUAUCUGAUGUUAUGAAGGCUUUGGAUUUUUUGUGGAAGCCAGGAAUGUUGUUCCGAAAGGCCUUUGAAACCAAGGAUGCUGGAGGAAUAAAGUGGUUUGAAGGUAGAGUGACUUCAGUUUACCAUAAUGAUCCUUGGUAUAAUCUGAAGGUGCAAUGGAAACACUCGGAUCGAAAUGAAAACUUUGUCAGCCCUUGGACUGUGGAACCAUUGAAUCCCCCCAUCAGUCUUCCCCGUCAGCCACCUGCCACACCACAAGGGCCUUCUGGACCACAAGGCAGCCCUGAUAGUCAAAACUCUGGUCCAGGAAAUGUGACGGGCGUUGAAUUCUUUCCCAAGCAACAUAUUUUGACAUCAAAAUUCCGUGAAGAACAACAAGGGCAGGCAGAAUGCCAACGUGAAUAUGAUGGUCCAGAAAGUGCCUUGCUGAUCAUUGAUGAUACACAGCAAGAUCAGGAUGGCUCAUUUGAAGUAUUGCCUGUCAAGUUUUCUCGACCGUCAAAGGUCACAAGUACUUGGGGUGCUUAUAAAAAGAUUGACUCUCGCUCGCUAUGUUUUGCGGGGCAUGCAGAAGAUGUUUGUGAAGCUGUAUCUGGGAUUGUUGUUCGGAAGCAUUUAUCUUUAGAGAUAGGUUCGACUGUGCCUUCUUGGGAUGCUGUUGGUGAAUUAAGUGUCUUUCAACUCAUUCAAGCUUAUCAGGAAAAGGCUGCUAGGCUUCCUCCAAUUGAAGAAAUUCGGACGGUUCUUGAUCACAGUUUACGCGGCGUGCUUUCUACUUUAUCUCAUAAGCAUGAGGGUUAUCCGUCAGGGUUGAUGGUUGACUUUGUGUGUGAUGCAUAUGGAUGUCCGAUAUUAGCAAUCAGCAGCUUGGAAGUUCAUACCAAGGACAUCCUAUCUAAUCCCAAAUGCUCAUUGCUUGUGGCAAAAGAUCCUAAGGAUAGGACUGAUUUAGUAAUAACAGUGCAUGGUGAUGCUAUUUCUGUUUCUGAGAAAGAUAUAGAAACUAUUCGUACUGCAUACUUGGCAAGGCAUCCUGGGGCUUUCUGGGAUGAUUUUGGCGAUUUCCAAUUUAUACGCAUCGAGCCCAAAGUUGUACGAUAUGUCUCAGGGGUUGCCACAGCUUCAUUGGGAUCAGGAGAGUUCAGCAAAGAAGAGUAUAGAAUGGCAAAAGUUGAUCCAAUAUUUCAGUUCUCUAAGCCAGUUGCGUCCCACAUGAAUAGAGAUCAUGCAGAAGAUACAAAGCUUAUCGUACAACACUCGACAUCAAUCCCAGUGGACUCUGCUCACAUGCUGGAUUUGGACAGUCUUGGUUUCAACGUUAAGGCUGGCUAUCAAGGGAGCACUUUCAAGCUUCGAAUCCCUUUCCCUAGACGUGCAACGGAUAGAAAGGAUGUGAAGACUUUCAUUGUUGAAAUGCUUCAAGCUGCUACGCCUCAAGUUGAUUGAUUACACUGAAGAAUAGCAAAGAGACCGCAAGCGUUGAAGUCCGUUUACACUCUUACUAAUUUCCGAGGCACAUAUCUACACCCCCAAGUUGCGUGGAGGCUGGUUCCACGAGAGGGGAAUUUUGUUGAGGGAGGCGUCUGCUUUACAUGCUCCUAGCCAACUGCUCUAUCCCACUGGGGAUUUAGUACAUAGUACUUCUCAAUCAAAGUACAAAACCUGGUUCUGUUAAACUCACAAAUAAUAUUCAAAUCUUGCAAAUAAUCAAUCUUUGUGAAUAUAUUUCAAAUUCUUCACGAAUUUUCUUUUCAUUUGGUGCAGUUUUGGAAUAACUGGUUGAUAUUUAAUAGUUUUAUCUGGUCUAACUGACGUCUAUUCCACAAGAAAUUGGUCUUUCCUCCAGAAUUUGAUCUGGAUUUGAAUCAAAUGCAGCAACUCUGUUUUUCUCUGUGGCUGUGAAUAUCCCAAACAUUGAACAUUAAUUCAUUCAGUGGUGGUGCUCCUAAAAAAAUAGUCUGUGACUAUAUUCUUAGAUUUUUCAUGAAAUGUAGUUCAUAGAGUCCCAGAUGUUCCAACACUUGUGUCGCACACAUGGUUGUGUUCUGAAAAUAAUAGCGUGCAAAUAUUCAUUAGCUCAAGUGAUCCUGAUAUGUUUACACCGGUAUUAUCUAAUAGACUAUGGUCUUGGUCUCUAUAUUUAGGAAGAAGAGAUGUUCGUUAUGUAAUGAUCCCUCGCGACACAACCUUACUUUUUUG